GCUAUUAAACCGAAGGCGACUGUGGCUUUUGGCAUUAGUUCUACUUGUGCUUCGCAAGCGGUCGCAAUCCACGAUGAAACUGUUCGUUUGUCUUCUGGCGCUGGCCGCCACACUGGCAACUACCAACGCAGGACUACUGGGUCUGCUGAAAGGCGGUGGUGGUGGUGGUGGCGGUGGCUAUGGAGGCGGAUACGGUGGUGGCUAUGGAGGUGGCUACGGCGGUGGCGGCGGAGGAGUCCAGGUCGUCAAAGUGAUCAAUACCUAUGAGGGAGGACAUGGAGGCGGUGGCUACGGAGGCGGUGGUUAUGGAGGCGGUGGCUACGGAGGCGGUGGCUACGGAGGCGGUGGCUGGGGAGGCGGUAGCUAUGGUGGUGGAAGCUACGGCGGCAGCUAUGGCGGCGGUGGCUACAGCGGCGGUGGCUACGGCGGCGGUUCCCGCGUGGAUGUCUACAAAGUAAUCACAACCACCCAUGGAGGUGGUGGCUACGGUGGUGGCGGUUACGGAGGUGGCUACGGAGGAAGUUACGGUGGCAGCUACGGUGGCGGCUAUGGCGGCCAGUCCGGCUGGUGGAAAGUGAAGAAGUAAGAAACUGUAACGAGCCCACCCACCCAUGUACCCAACUACCUCAUUACCAUUUAGCUUUAAGCCGGACAAAAACUUGUUUACGUACCUGCAGAAAGAAU